CGCGCGUGUUCUUUCUGCAAUUUACCCCACUCGCGCCCCACUCUCGUUGCUCUGAACUCGAAUUUCAAGUCCCUGACAACGCAACACGCUUAGCGACCAAAUCGGGCCACGACGCCGACGACUUGCUCAAAUUACCGCACAUUCUUGAACUAUCAUGUCUUCUAGCGCUUCACGGCAUCUUCCAAGAAUACGGCCUUUGCUCCCACCGGACCCGCUCACAUGCUCCCACAUAAAUGAUCGUGCUCUAUCUUCCAAUAGCGCCAACGCAGCGAUGCAACCACUCAAGAUCGGGUCCACGCCAUUUCCCACUCUUCCCAGCGCUCAUCGCAUAAGUCUGCAAACGGACUUAUACAAGAAAGAGAAUGAACACCCCAUCGCUUUGCCCACGACCACAAAACGCAGCAGAGCUUUACGUUUAUCGGGGGGCGCACUUCUAUAUCAGCGGGCAUUUCACCACGAGCCUUAUCCCAUCGCAACCAACCGGAGCGGUUCCAUAUCGCCUUCGCCGACAGAACUAUGGCUCCCUCCUUUCGCGUCUACCAACUGCGAGCCUAAGCUGAUUCGCACACUCACUUUCCACGACUCGCCUACUUUCUGGCUUGCCAUGUACUUCUGCUUCAAUCUGGGACUAACACUAUAUAACAAGGGUGUUUUGGUCCACUUUCCUUUCCCAUACACACUUUCUGCUCUGCACUCUUUCUUCGGAACCAUCGGGGGCUACAUACUGUCCAAGAACGGCUACUUUGUGCCUUCCCGACUGGAUCCGUCGGCGACGAUCGUGCUUGUAGCUUUCAGCGCACUCUAUGCCGUCAACAUCGCUAUCAGUAAUGUCUCGCUCCAGCUAGUUACAGUACCUUUCCACCAAGUUGUGCGUGCAGCAACUCCGAUCUUUACUCUGGUCUUCUCUGCAGUGUUGUUGGGGAGGUCUAGUAGCCGGUGGAAGAAGCUGUCUCUAUUACCUGUAGUCGCUGGCGUCGGCCUUGCAACAUUCGGAGACUACUACUUCACUUACGCCGGCUUCGUCCUCACAAUGUUCGGAGCUGUAUUGGCUGCCCUGAAGACAAUCUAUACCAACGUCCUACAAACGCCAGCCUCCCAGACAUCGCUCCCCCGACCGACUUUCACCAGCCCACUAGAUCUGAUCUACCUGUUAUCUCCCAUCGCCUGCGUCCAGUGUCUUUGUCUCGCGCAAGUCACCGGCGAGCUCUCUCAAGUAGUGAACUACUCUCUUUCGCCGCUGAAGCUGAUCGCGCUGCUCCUGAACGGGUGCUUAGCUUUUGGUCUCAACGUGGUCAGCUUCAGUGCCAAUCGACGUGUCGGUGCCGUUGGAAUGACUGUCGCUGCGAACGUCAAGCAAGUGCUGACCAUCGUCUUUGCCGUUCUGCUCUUCAAUCUUACGAUUACAUGGCUGAAUGCGUUCGGCAUCGCGUUGACCCUGGCUGGCGGCGCAUGGUAUACCUAUGUCGAGUUCGCAGAAAAGCACCAGAGGUGUUGAAUCGUUAUAUAUCGAUUUGUAUUACCAUCUAUGCAGGACACUGCAAGUAGAGGCUGUGAUGUACAAAAAUGCGCCUGGUAGACUUGGUAUCGCGGCAUCCCGGUCAAAUCAAAUAUUUGACGCGUCGGCGUGUCGGCCUUGGUCGGCUCGCGAGCCGAUGUCACCCCCACAGAACUUCGCUCUCACACCCUCUAUGCCCGCGGGCCAAGCAUGGCUCUCAAUAAGAUUACCGCCGAACGGAACCAGAAAAUUCUACUCGAACUAGCAGCGCAACCGGGCAAUGAUGUCUGCGCCGACUGCAAGGUGAAGAAUCCGCGAUGGGCAUCUCACAACCUCGGGAUAUUCAUAUGUGUGAAUUGUGCGAGUGUGCAUCGAAAGAUCGGGACUCAUGUCACCAAAGUAAAGAGCGUCACGAUGGAUUCGUGGACGAAAGAGCAGUUGGAGGUGAUGAGGCAGAACGGCAACAUCAAGUCGAAUCAGCAGUAUAAUCCCAACGAGACUCGACAUCCACCGCCGCCGAAUCUCAUGGAUGGGGAACGCGACAGUGAAAUGGAGCAAUAUAUCCGAUCUAAAUACGAAUACAAGAGUUACGUGGACCGGUCUGCUUUUGUGGCGUCGAAACUAGGUCCCUCGCGCUCUGCUUCCUCUGUCGCUCCUCGUUCAGCGAAGCCCGCCGCCGCCAACAACGCAUCCACAUCCAGCGCACCGGCACCCCCCGCUCGUGCCAACACGGCUGCGCCGACGACGACUGCCCCGAUGUUGCCACCAGCGCGUUCGUUCUCCCAGCCUCUGUCGUCUGCUCCCAUGCAGCAAUCCGUGCCACAAAUGAUGCAGGCUGCGCCUAUGCAGCAGCAACCGCCUGCGGGAGGCGUAUGGAAUGACUUGAUAUCGCUGCAAGGGUCGAGUUCAGGAUCGUCUCUGCCGCUUCAGUACCAGCCAUCGCUCCAGGCCCCGCCUUCGACAGGAUAUCAACCACAGAUGACUAUGAACACCACAGGUUUAAGCAUGCCUAUGAACCCGUUCACGCCCCAAUACACAGCGGCAGCUCCGCAGUUUGCGCCAUCUGCUCAGCCAUUUGCGCCCGUCCAGCAGUUCGCACCGUCCAUGUCCCAAUUCACACCCUCCUUCGCGGGUCAGCCGACGCUCGCACCUCAAAUGCAGGCGUCCACUCCACUGUUCAAUCCGCAGCCCCAGGCAUUCCCGUCCCAGCAGCCGAUGUUUGGUAUGGGCACCACCCCGUCGCCCAUUCCGCAGCAGGCUCAGAACCCGGCUGCCCCGAUGGGGUACCAGUCACCUGCCCCGGCGCCGUCGCUUACUCCAACGCCGGGCUUCGGCGGCCCGCAGAUGCUGGCGCCGAAUCAGUUCGGAUCGCCGAGCCCGCACCUGCAGAUGCAGCCCACGUCGUUCAUGCAGCAACAACCGGCUGCUGCUGCUCCAUUCCAGCCUGGUCAGUUCAUGCCCAUGGGAUCGUCCCCGCAGCCGUUCAACGCUGGUGGGAUGCAGCAGCCUUUCCAACCACAGCAGCAGCAGCAGCAAUGGAUGGGUGCUACAUCUCCGAUGGGCUAUCCCCAGCAGCAAGGCCAAUGGGGUACAAUGUGAGGAGAAUGGAAGGAAAUACCAGUGGACUUUUCGCGUUCGUAUUUUAUGGUUGUAAGUAUACAUAUAGGAUUUCGCGGUAGCAUCGUCUUGGUGCGCUCGCACAUACGUAAUGUUAAUAUGGUGGGAAUUUUCGGCGAGUGCUGAGAGCUAUAUAUCUGAUACGGCGAAUCAGAUCUCCACUAAAACCAGUCAGCACAAGGCAAGUUUUGUGAUGCGCAAUCAAAUAUGCUUUGUCCUUACCCUUCAGCGAACGCUCAUCCAACUCGGCCGAAUCAAGCCAAACAGACGAGUUUCAGGGCAGACACGCGCCACUGAAGGAAAUCAUGUCAUAUACUCGCCAGUUCAGACUCGGAGAGUCGUUCCGAUCAUUCCGAUCGCCCCUCUGACCAUCGACUCUCGAGCCCUAUGUCCUUACCAUGUUCCUGGGUGCUCUCCAACUUCUCACCGGCAUUGGAACGGCGCGCAGUCUCUAUCUCGACAGCACGCCUACCGACGAGCUGCUGCCCAACGCCAUCCCAGACCCCGAAGCAAGAUGCAGAGCGCUGAAGAAUACGCUGCGCAUCGAGAACACCACCAUCCUCGGAUCUGACUUCCUCCAGCCGGGGGACACUGUCAGCACGGUCGGCGCGUGCGGCGAGCUGGGCUCGUGGGCGGAGACCCCGCUCUGCCGCGUGCAAUUCGCGAUCUCGACGAGCCGCGAGGGGUCGGAAGUCAAGGGCGAGGCAUGGUUGCCUGAGACGUGGUACGGGCGAGUGCUGGGUGUCGGAAAUGGUGGCCUGGGAGGAUGUAUCCCGUUCAUCGACCUCACGUACGGAUCGUCCAUGCAUUUCGCGACCGUGGGCUCCAACGCGGGCCACGACGGGAACUUCGCCGCCCCGUUUUGGAACCAGCCCGAGACGACGAUCGACUUCGGGCACCGCGCGGUGCACGUGCAGACGGUGGUCGGGAAACAGAUCGUGCGCGCGUACUACGGGCGGCCGCACACCAAGUCGUACUGGGUCGGGUGCUCGAUGGGCGGGCGGCAGGGCCUGCAGAGCGCGAUCAAAUACCCCGCGGACUUUGAUGGGAUCCUGGCGGGUGCGCCCGCGACGGAUUUCAACCGGCUGCUGUACUGGACGGGAAUGAUGGCGCGGGCGGUUGGGAUUCCCGACGCCGACUCCCCCGCGGCCAUCUCUGCGGAGGAGUGGGUGAUUAUCUCGGAGGAGGUAAUGCGGCAGUGUGACCAUCUAGACGGUGUGCGGGACGGGGUGAUCACAGAGCCCGACGACUGUGUCUUUGAUCCAAGUGCACUCUCGUGUUCCAGACGCACGACCUCCAGGUGUCUGUCUCGAGCCCAGAUCGACGCGCUCAAGAAGAUCUACUCGCCUGUCUACGUCGACGGUGUCUACACUUUUCCGCGGUUUGACCCGGGGGCAGAGACCAUGUCUCAGGGAAUCCCCUUGCUCGAUUCGCAGACGGACUUCCCGCUGUACCCCGGCGACUGGCUCAAGUUUACGGUGCUCAAUGAGACGGAAUUCGACUUUACGGAGUAUGGACCUGAGCAGCUGCGGCAGAUGGAAUUCGUGAACCCAGGAGGGGUCGCUGCCUACGACGGGGAUCUCUCGGCGUUCCGAGAUCGGGGAGGGAAGCUUAUCACAUACCACGGCCGAAUGGAUGCACAAAUCCCGUCUGGCAACUCGAAGCGGAUGUACAAUCACAUUGCAAAGACGCUCGGGCUGACCUCCAACGGGAUGGACUCGUUCUAUCGGCUGUUCCUGAUCCCGGGGAUGGAUCAUUGCACCGGUGGCCCGCCCGUCAGCACGUCGCACUUUGGGCAGAUUGGAGGCUCCGCGCCGGGAUCAGAACGCAACAAGAGCUCGCACCAUAUCAUCCUGGCGAUGGUGGACUGGGUGGAGGGCGGCAUGCCUCCGGAGACGAUCAUUGGCACCAGCGAGGACUACCAGAGGACGCGGUUGCACUGCAGAUAUCCGAUGAAGAGUGUUUGGGAAGGUCCGGCGUGGCGAUGUGUGUGAGGGAUUGUAUCUUGAGAACCUGAGCUGUGUAGUAGUAUGAUCUGUUGUACAUUCCAAUAAGUAGACUUGUUGCAUGGUUGGUCUAUGUAGUGCUGAGCCAAAGCUGAAGUUUUGAGCCUCAUCCAUAAUAUGAGUGACAGGCGUCCACGGCGGGAUCUUUAAUUGUCGCCCACACGACUGCAGAGGUGGAAACGCCCUCGAGCCCAACAUCCCAAGGCUGGGCUGUCGGUCUCUAGUUCGAGUCCAAAGCUAAGCCCACACAACACCAAAUUCAGCACAUGUUUAGUUGGCAUCUGCGUUGCAGAUGCACUAAGCCCGGAGCCCACGACAAGGGAAUGUGCUC